UUGGAACUAGCGAUUGUAGUAAGGACGAGACGGGAUUCACAGAAAUUCGAUUUUGCUUCAACCAUGAUCAUAUGAGACGUUAGAUAGUAAGGCUAUCAUGGUCUCAAAUUUACAGACUUGAACAUACAGCCUCCCAUUUUUUGACGAUUUUAUUAAUAUGUGCCUGUUGAAUAAUUCUGCCAUUGUUUUGCAGAUGAAUAGGGUAACGUAUUCUUAUUUCAGUUCAUGGUGGAGCUGAUGUCACCAGGGGAUGAGAUGAUUUUUGACAAUUUAAAUUUUUGGCAUAUCAACACCCCUCCAUACUGUAGCAACUCCGCCCAAUAGUAUUCAGAAUUGAAUAUAUUUCGUUUAGAUCAUUGAACUAUUCCAGAUUAUACAAAUCUUCGAGUCAGUUCCUAAGAUGGAUGUCUGUUCUGCCUGCCAGAAUCCUCUAAUCCUCGAGAUCGAGCCGGACUCGGAUGAAGAAAUGCAAGAAGCUGGACCCAGUACCGGAGGAGCCACCACAACAGUGCCGGACUCCGUAGAGUUACUCGCAUGCGGAGACAAGUUCCAUUGGCAAUGCCUCCUCGAUUCCUAUACGUACAACACCUGCCCAAAAUGCUCCGCUCCGAUUACCUCCACGAACGGUCAGGGCGGCGAACAACUCCUGGUCAACCUCGACAAUGAAGGCGGACUACAAGCAAACCUCGAUAUCCUCCCUCUACUUGCUGAAGAAGCCUAUUUGCGGACCUACCCGGAGGAGCGGAAACCACAUGCAUUUCUUGAACUCUGCCGCGGUGGUGACGAGAACCUUGACGACCUAAUCGAAAUGCUCCAGGACGAUGACGAAGGCGUGGAUGAAGAGGACGGCAGCGCAACUGCCGGCGCGGAAUCAGGACAGCCAAUCGACAUACUCCGCUACCAGGACACCCUUGGCGAUCUCCAGACGGCGCUCCAUGCCGCUGUGGCCAGUGGAAGCAGACGGAUCGUGUGUCUACUGCUCUACUUGGCAUCCACGCUGGACCUUCAAGAGUUUCCGGACGAGGUGCAUGCAUUGGCGGUGCAGUAUGACAUUACGAGACCGAGGCAGGAUGGCAAGGUGGAUAUUCGGUCCCUAAAAGACACAGAAGGACGAACAGCGGCGAUGUUGGCGCAGGAAAUGGGCGAUACGUGGGCGGACGGCACUUGGAUACGGUGGCUACAAGGUCAUGGGCCUACUCCUUGAAAUUCUAGGAACGAGCAUGACAGUGGCAUCAAAGCGCGAUAUGCUACGCUGAUUUUUGGUCGUCCUACGCGGACGUCUAAUAUCCUACGCUGAAGGGCCGCUGA